CCAAUGAAACGCGAACGUUCAUGUUUUUGUAACGACGUACAAACUCACUAAUAGCUAUAAUUUGAUACGAAAUUUUAUUUCUUGUAUUCGCUUAGUGUUAAACGAAUGAUUUAAGACUAUUACUUAAAUAAAAUAUUCAGUGCUUGCUAUGUUCUCUUUGUGAUUUUUCAAUCGGAGGCUGUUUCGUUCGAUAUGGCUCCUUUCAUUUUAUUUAUCGUGGCAUUUGUCCUGGAAACGGGGGUGUCAGCAAUACAAGUAACUUUAUCGGAUAAUGGGCCUGCAGUGCGAGGAGCGAAAGUGACAUUCACAGCCACUAUUGUAUCGGGCUACUCGGGGGAGAACUUCAAAUUUGUUUUCAGCGAUAAUGCAGUACCACAACACCUUCAAGAGAUCGUCAGUACGAAUAAAACCGUCACUUGGAGCGUUGAGUACUAUCGGAGCACCUACGAAGCUGGCCAGUACAAUGUGCAUUUGGAUGUUAAGAGGAAUUACUUUGAAAACCUGUGGUGGACCGUCGCCACAGCUUUCACCGUAUUCAAUCUUACAGACACAUUGCACGGUGACAUGAUAUUAAAUCAAAAUGAAGAACGAAGGCCUAACAAUUUCGUGGCAGUCAACAAGCCUGUCAACCACUUAAUCCAACUCGAGGAGAGUGAACUGCAAUUUUUGAAGGCAAAUUCCUCUUCAAUAAUCACAUACUGGUUGGUAGACUGUGUCUUAAUGGAGAGAACAACCGACUUCUCUUUUAACUACACUUAUGAAGACAAUAUGGGCUGCCACGAAAUAGAAGCUAUAGUCGUUGCAGACAAUGAACCAUUACCGCCAAUCACGACUACGACGACUACGACUACUACGACGACAACUACAACGACUACGACAACUACUACAACACCUAAACCAACAACAACUUCGUCAACAACAGUUGCCCCAACAACAGUGUCAACAUCAACAGUGCCAUCAACAACACCUAAGAAAGCUACAGAUGUUAAUGAUACGCAACAACAUAAAGUUGCGAAACGAGCCAUUUCUAACAGAACAACUAUGAAAGGCAAAGAUGGUGAGAAGUCAUCGUGUGCUAAUAUAGUGCCUGUUGGCAAAGGAUAUACCUUCGGAAGAUAUCAGCACACUGUAUUUGUUAGAGAACCGAUAUCAACAAUCAACAUCACAGGCUCAGAUUGGCUGCAACACGGGGAUCUAUUAAACUUAAACGUCAAAUACACGGGAUCCCAACCAUUCUUCUACUGCAUACAAUAUAAGCUUGGCCAAUACAAUAUUACUGGCAAUGAAACUUGCCUUACUAAGACAAGAACCGUUGCCAACAACUUUCCUCUAGUCCAUUAUUUCUCGGACAGUGAUCAGCAUACUGUUCUUGUGAUCAUUGAGAAUGAAAUUGGGAAGGCUGUUACUAAAUCUACUAUCAAUAUUUAUAAAGCGUUGGUGCAUGCACAGUUGUCGGUCAUAGUAAUACCGGUGUUCUUCUGCCUCGUAGCUGUCAUCCUAGUCGUGUUUGGUAUCGCCUACUAUCAACAUCGUACGAGGCACUCCGUCGAAGUAGCAGACUUCGACUUCGGGCAAGCACACCUCGUCUACAAAACGUUUACGGAAAGACUUCGAGAAAGCUUUAGCAACGCUUUCAAUUUCCGUCAGCGAGACGACACAGACCCACUUACUAACAACACUAGAUACGACUCUAUGACGUAAAUAUUAAUUUAUUAUAUACAGACGCCAGCAGGUCAACCUACUCGAAUCUGUCAAAUUUUACCAAUCGAACAUUAACCUUCCUAUACCUCCCACUAUUGUGAUAAGGUUGAAAAUAAUUUGAAGACAUUUGACAGAUUGGGGUAGGUCGAUGUGUGUCUGUACACUCGCCUGCAAAAGUUGCUCACACCAUCUAUAUCUAUGAAGGAGGAUGUGUGAUCAACUUUUGUAGCCGGUUGUACACAUGACAAUUUGAGCGAGCAGGCAAGUAACCCAAAGAUUCUAUGCUUUUUGCACGGGUUACGCAUUUAUCUUUGCUGCAUAUUAACCGAUUAAAAAAAUACACAUUUAAUACAUGUUGAGAACCCUGUUCUAUUUCACAAAACAUGGCAAUGUUAGGAAAUGGCUUUCACUAUCAUCUUUUUAGUCGAUAAAAUGUAGUUACUUGCCUGCCCACUUACUGUCCGUACAUUUAGUUGGCGAUGGCAUUCGUUGCGGUAUGAAUGGCAGAGAAAGGUAGCAUUAUGCAACAAAUUAGCGAUAGAAUGUGAUAUAGUUAUGAGUGCCAUCGUUAAUUAAUUUCAUACGUAGUUAGUUUGAUCGCCGACAGGUAACUAGGCGCACUCUUUUGAUCAGUGCAUAUCUUCUGCGAUACUGAAUUUAUGACGGACAGAAACAGUCAGUUAUCACUUAAUUUUCGUUUUAAACUUACUAUUGUAUAUUGUUUUUUGUCGGUGGUCAAACUCUGCCAUUUUUUAUGUCUGUGUCAAAUGUAAAAGUAUUAAUAUAUUUAUCACGUACAUUUUUAUUAAUUAAUUCAUUCCAAUGUCCUACUUACUUUAAAUAAAAUAAAAAGUGUAAAAUAGUAAUGAAUAUUUGUUUCGGAUAGAGUAUAUCGAUUGUUGUAGCAAUUAGGGACAGUUUAUGGUAAUAGUCUGACAUGGAAUUGUGUUUUAAAGAUGUAGGAACUUCGCUUAAGUUCGUGCGGAAAUUUUGGAAUGCACUACGUAUUUACUGCUUAAAUUAUUCUUAUAGCGACAUCGUUAUUAUGGUCAUUUUUAACAGUUGUUUCAUUGAUCUAAGCCCUAAGCUAAAUUAGCUCUGCCAUGCCAAUCUAGCGCUUUGUUGAUUCUGUAACCGUCAAUGAAGUUUUGACAAUUAUACUUUGCUUGACUUAAUUGAAUCUUUUUUUAUUGUAUGGUUAAACAAUCUCAAGAUAUAAUAGCGAUGGAUCGGAUGGUGUACAAAAAAGGUUUAUAUUGAUGAGCUUUAAAAAUAUGAACGGAAUGUAAAUCGUCGUAAAAAGUUUGGUUUUAAAGAAGGCCUCUCAAUUAUCGUUUAAUUAAGUAUAUGUGAUCUCUGUGUCUGUCUUGUCUGUUUUGUGUGUCAUUUGAAAAUAUUUUUACCAAAAAUCAUGGAUUAUGUUGUAAUUAUAAAGUUUUUUUUUCUAACGGACUGACGCGUAUGAAAUGAAAAUUAUAUUUUUUUACUGUUACUUUGUUUGCAAUAUUUAUGUUUGAACACUUUCUUUGCUUUGUCUUGCUACACUGUCUCUCGUAACGAGUGAAAUAUGUAGUCUGAAAGAAGUUUUUUUACUUGAUAAAGAAAUUAAUUACUGGGAAAAGGGAUUCUAUAUAUCGUGUUUAAUGGGAAGGAGCGGUGCGAACAAACGCGAUAAACUGUGAUACGCAAUAUUCAAUCAAGUAUGAAAAUCGUGGAAGAGGGGUGAUCGCGCGGCCGCUAAAUUCGACGUGACAUCGUGUGAAGAUAUGCCAGAUGUCCUUCUAAUCUCGAUCUGUGGAGACUAACGGCCAGUUCCAAUUUUCUAUCUAAGUAAUUGUUAUUUUGCUUACUACAGCUAGGAAUUUGACAUUACUAGUAGGUACAUAUAGCUCUAAUUUCAGAAUUCUAUCUAAAGUAAGCCUGUUGAUUACUGAUAGAUAAAGUAUUGCGAACGGCCAUAGUCGUGCUUUCUUCGAAUUUAGAAUACUUAUAAUUUUCGUUACCAGAGACAAUGAAGUAGAUGAGGUAUAAACUUUUUUUACAAUGGAACUAACUGAAACUAGUGCUAUGUUAGGACUGAAACGCACUAACGUGAUCAGUCAUGGUUUGUGAUAUAUUAGAUUUAAUCAAAUUAGGUCUAUAAUUAAUCGUGUAUUUAAUUACGAAUUUGUGCCAAAAUUAUAAACCUGGACAGACCUUUAACUCUUUUGUUUGUUUUCCUUUUAAUAAAAGUUUGGUUAUAAUGUAAAAGCUCGAAAGGAGGUCGUAAUUAAUAUGGGACGUAAUUUUUUUGUAUCUAAUAACUUUAAAUUGAUCAUUUUCUCUUCGAUUUGCAGAUCAGAUGAUGUGAAUGUUUGGGGUUAUAGUUCUGGCGCAAAUUGUUAAUAUUAAUUUGUAGUUACAAUAAAAUGUUAUUUAAAA